CCACCUACUUGCUGGAAACAGAGACAGAGGGGGAGAAAAAAGGGAGAGGAACAGAGGGGGUGGAAAGCCGGAGGGUUGGAGGAUUGACUGCUUUUACAGUGGCACAGAUCCUACUGCAGUUAUGGCUUCAGAUGGAGUGGAUGAGCGCUCUCCGUUGCUGUCAGCACCAAACUCUGGGAAUGUUACACCUACAGCCCCGCCGUAUUUGCAAGACAACCCCCCAAGAGCGGAAUUACCUCCUCCUUACACUGCAAUUGCCAGUCCUGAUGCUGGUGGAGUGCCAGUAAUAAACUGUCGCGUGUGUCAGUCUUUGAUCAACCUGGAUGGUAAACUACAUCAGCAUGUAGUUAAAUGUACAGUAUGUAAUGAAGCUACGCCAAUAAAAAAUCCUCCUGCUGGGAAAAAAUAUGUAAGAUGUCCAUGUAAUUGCCUGCUAAUAUGUAAAGACACCUCCAGACGAAUAGGAUGUCCAAGACCAAAUUGCAGAAGAAUCAUAAACUUGAGCCCAGUUAUGGUAAUUCCGGAGGAGCAACCUGCACAGCCAGCUCUACCAGUCCAACCCGAAGGCACAAGAGUAGUGUGUGGCCACUGUGGAAAUACAUUCCUGUGGAUGGAGCUCAGAUUCAACACAUUGGCAAAGUGCCCACAUUGCAAGAAAAUCUCUUCUGUAGGUAGUGCUCUUCCGAGAAGACGUUGCUGUGCGUACAUCACAAUAGGAAUGAUAUGUAUCUUUAUUGGAGUUGGUCUAACUGUUGGUACCCAAGACUUUGCAAGACGCUAUCAUGCCACAUAUGUAUCCUGGGCCUUUGCUUACCUUUUGGGUCUGAUAUGUUUGGUCCGAGCCUGUUAUUGGGGAGCUAUUAAAGUCAGCUAUCCUGAACACAGCUUUGCAUAGACUUUUCCGUUUAAUCAGCAAAGCGCAGUUUUUUUUUUUUUUAUUUCAUUUUUUAUUUUUAUUUUUUAUUUAUUUUUUUUUGGAAUUAAACAAGAAUCCAGAUUGUAGGGAGAGGACGUCAUACAGUGUUCUCUCUUUGCAGAAUUUACUUUUAUUUCAGAGUAGACCAAAACGUUUAAUCUUUUAAGGAGAGAUGCCCAUUGCACUACAUUUUUAUGCAAUUCUUAACUUUUCUUUGCUGCUAGAUUGUUCAGCUUAUCAGAUAAAGCUGAGUUUACAUGUUUAACAGAUGGCUGUCAUUGUUUUAUUUUGUUUGAAUGGUUUAAUUUGAAUACAUUUUAAUUUUUCCCCCCCAACUGUAUUUAAACUCCAUUAGUGCCAUUGUUGUUCAAAAUACAAAAAUACAGUAUAAAGUGUUGUCAGCCUCUCUAAAUUAGCUCAUAUUUUUAUUCUCUACUGUAUUAACAUAAAACUACAGCUUGCACUGGAUAGAAGCAAUAAACCUAUCAGUUGUCAUAAUUCAAAAAAGAGGACUAAAUUCAUUAAAAUGUGAUGCCUUCUGAGUGGAGGUAGGAAUUUUGCGUUCAGCACAGUACUGGAAGUCAGGCAUUCAUUUAAGGCAAUGCUCUUUGAUUUGUUUGCUUUGGGUUACAGAAAUGAAUUAUGUAGCAUUAAUUCUCCCAUCUAAAAUGUAGUUCAUACAUGCUUCUGCUUCCAGCUUGCUUUUGGAUCUGUAAAUAUCAGUAGCAUUGAAAUAGUUCAGCAUUCUCUAAAGAAUGUGGGCACAAUAAAUAUCUUGUUCUGAAUGUGAGCUAAAGAAACUGUUUGUACAUUAAUUAAUUAGAUGGAAUAUGCCUUGUGUCUUUUUAAAAAAUAAUUUAUCAAUAAAAUAAUGUUACUUUUCUCAUCU